UCUCUUUUUCUUCUCUCCAUUGUCCUCCCUUCCCCUCCCUCCCUCUCUCUGUUUUUCCUCUCUCCUUUGUCCUCCCUCCCUCCCUGUUUUCUCCUUUCUCUUUCUCUCUCCUUUCUCUCUUUUUCCUCUCUCCCUCUCUUCCUUUCUUUUUCCUCCCUCCCUCCCUCCCUCCUUCUUCCAUCCCAGAUUCGUGCCAAGCACAGAAAACCCUGGGGAGUUUUCCGCUGUUCAGCGAGAGACCCGGCUGGGCUUCACGCGAGCGAGCGAGUUCCUGCCAGGAGAGGGCGGCCGCGCCAGCCGAGAAAUGAAGCUUCCGAGCCGAUUCGGACUCAUUCAGCAGGAAGCGCCGCUCGGAAGCUGCAGCCAUGAGACAGUCAGCGCUCCGGCUCCCGAAUUCUCCGGCCGCAGGCUCGGUUAUGGCAAUGCAGGACCAGUUCAAACCGUCAAACGAGGAGGAGGAUUUUUUCAAAGACGACGUGGUCAUCGCCAAGGAAGACGUUGAAGAGAUUAAAGAUGCUCUUAAAGAAGGGAGAAUGGACAAAGCCGUUUCCAAGAUUAUGGAAAACCUUCAGGCCCUGGAGUACACCCACUUGGACAUAGCAGUAACGGGAGAAUCCGGCUCAGGGAAGUCCUCCUUUGUCAAUGCCAUCCGAGGGCUCAGAGAUGAGGAAGCCAGUUCUGCUCCCACUGGAGUAGUGGAAACCACAGAGAAACCCACACCUUACCCACACCCCAAGCACCCCAAUGUCACCUUGUGGGAUCUACCUGGAAUUGGAACGCCAACAUUCCGCGCCGGCACUUACCUGCGGCAGGUUCAGUUCUCCCGCUACGACUUCUUCAUCCUCAUUGCCUCAGAACGCUUCAAGGCCAGCCAUAUCCAGCUGGCCCGGGAAAUCCGUCGUCAGGGGAAGCAAUUCUAUUUUGUGCGCUCCAAAGUGGAUGCAGACCUGGAGGCUAGCCGAAAACGCCGGCCACAAACUUACAACGAGGAAGCUAUACUGGGAGAGAUGCGAGAAAAUUGCUGGAAGCGCUUAAGGGCUGAGAAUAUGUCCGAUUCCAGAGUGUUCCUUCUCUCCAAUUGGGAGAUAGAUAAAUAUGACUUCGUGAUGCUGGAGGAAACCUUGGAGAAGGAACUGCCAAGCCAUAAGAAACAUGCCUUUCUCCUCUCCCUGCCAAACAUCUCUCUGGACAUCCUGCAGAAAAAGAAGAUGGCGUUACAGAAAGAGAUCUGGAAGCUGGCUACUGUCUCCGCUGGAGCGGCUGCUGUCCCUAUUCCAGGGGUUGGGGUAGCCUGUGAUGUAACCAUCCUGAUCAAAUAUCUCUCAAAAUACCGUGACAGUUUUGGUCUGGAUGAGGAAUCUCUUGCCAGGUUGGCUAAGAAGGCCAACAAACCUGUGGAGGAGAUCAAAGCGGUGAUAAAGUCACCGUUAGCUAAAGAGAUCUCCAGAGAUUUAGUGCUAAAGCUGCUCACCAAAGCUGGCGGUGGGGCACUCAUGGUUAUGGAGUACUUUGCCAGCGCGAUACCCAUCUUUGGUUCCAUGGCAGCUGGAGGGAUCUCCUUUGGUACCACCUUCUACAUGCUCAAGAGCUGCCUGGGUGAGGUGGCCAACGAUGCUCAACGGGUUUUCCUUAAGGCUUUUGAGUCUGAGGUCUGAAGGAAGUUAGACCUUGAGGAACAGACUGGGAAUGAGGGCCAGGGGCUGAAUCAGAUCCUGUUAAUUUCACAAGCCCAUAACCAGGGGUGGGAUUCAGCCGGUUCGCACCAAUUCGGGAGAACCGGUUGUUAACUUUCUAAGCAGUUCAGAGAACUGGUUGUUGGAAGAAAUCUUAUUUUGUUUUUUUCCACUUUAUGGAGCUAAUCCUGUAAGGAAGGCAGGAAGGAAAUAUUCUGGUGUUGUUUCUAGCUUAAUCUUUAUUGCCCUACUUACAGAAACUGCCUCUGGGGUUAACCCAAAUUACAUUGUAACAGCUAAGACAACACGCCCAUUGACGUGAGUGACGUUGAGUUGGCCAUGCCCACACAGUCACAUGACCACCGAGCCACGCCUACCCAGCUGGACAUUAGAGCAGAGAACCGGUUGUUAACUUUCUAAGCAGUUCAGAGAACUGGUUGUUGGAAGAAAUCUUAUUUUGUUUUUUUCCACUUUAUGGAGCUAAUCCUGUAAGGAAGGCAGGAAGGAAAUAUUCUGGUGUUGUUUCUAGCUUAAUCUUUAUUGCCCUACUUACAGAAACUGCCUCUGGGGUUAACCCAAAUUACAUUGUAACAGCUAAGACAACACGCCCAUUGACGUGAGUGACGUUGAGUUGGCCAUGCCCACGCAGUCACAUGACCACCGAGCCACGCCUACCCAGCUGGACAUUAGAGCAGAGAACCGGUUGUUAUAUUAUUUGAAUCCCACCACUGCCCAUAGCUAAAUUCACCAGCCGGAAGAGGGUGGGGGGAAGACAUGAAGCACAGAAUGCGGCCUUUUGCAAUAAUUUUUUAUGAUAGUUGAGCGACGGGCUAUUUUUUUUUUCAUUUAUUGCAAAAUAUAAAGAGUAUGGCGGAUUCUGGGAUAUUAAUUAUGCCACCAUUGUAAAACUAUGCUCCCCAGUGUUCUUUGGCGAAAAGAAAAAUGAGGAUGAAGUUGAGCUUUUGUGCUUUUCAAAUGAGUAUUUGAAAAGCACAAAUUGCCCCGUAUUUAGGAUUUCCUAUAUUUGACACAUUUUAUAACUGACCAAACCAUAAAAGCUGACACCAGACAGAGCACAGAAAAACUCAAAAAGUACUGUAAAGAUCAGAAAAUGUGGAGAGAUCUGGCCCGUAUAAUCAUCAAGGGUUGGACACGAUUGAGUGGAUAACGUUGUCAGCUUCGUCUUCAUCGACCAAAGGCCUUCUUGCAAUGACCUGCUUUUUAAGUUGUAAAGUUAGAUUGCGCUGGUUAAUUUUAAUUGAAGCCGAGUGAUUUAUCAAAUUGCAGAUUGGUACUAAAUAAUGAAUGUUUGAGAUUUCCUAAAGAUUUGGAUGGCCCCAGGGUUGAAAGAAUUGUUGCACGAUCCUAGUGAAUUUUAAUGCUUCUCUUGCGCUAUUCAACAAUAAACGGAGGUGGGAUUCA